UGAAUAAAGUUACCCAAUAGGGCAAGGCUGGCCGCAUCCCUGGAGAGAUUCCAGACUUCCAGUUGUCAGUGUGGGAGUGGCUGCUGCGGCCGCUGGUGUCCUGUAGUUUGCUCCAGGGAAAGCUGCCCAAGACAUGGCGGUGACGAGAUUCCGGUGCCUGUUAUGGCUACUGGUGUUAGCGACGGGUCUGUGGUCGGCGGUGGACGCCGUGCACUGGCCCCUGGGUUACCCAGAGCCCGAGCCCGAGCCGCCACGGCUAUUACUUGUGGAGGCACCUCCAGCGUCCUCAGAGAGUGAGAGUGACGAGGACGAGGACGACUCACUUGAGACCAUCAGAAUGUACAACCCUGCUGCGGAUACCAGCUCAUCGAACGCCUCUCCUAUCUUCCCGAUCGGCCCGUACCCAGACUACUUUGACAAGAAAAAAGGGCAGGCAUCGGGCGACAGGCGGAAUGAGCCUAUAGUCUGGGACCAACUUUUUGAUUAAUGGUGUGUGUUGGAAGCUUCUUUGGGAAGAAAAAAAUAUAUAUUCAACGUUUACAAAAGCGAUUCUUUCUAGGAGUUACGAUGGGACAUACAACCUUUCUGUAAGUCCUGCUUAUGAAGUUAUCCUGGGUGAGUGUUGAGGGAAUCAGCGUACUGUUUCAGUCUUUCACGCCUGAAUAAUAUGUGUGUGUGUGUGUAUAUAUACAUAUAUAUAUAUAUAUAUAUAUAUAUAUAUAUAUAUAUAUAUAUAUAUAUAUAUAUAUAUAUAUAUAUAUAUAUAUAUAUAUAUAUAUAUAUAUAUAUAUAUAUAUAUAUAUAUAUAAUGUUAAGGAUUGAGAAGAAAAAGGUGGUUAUGAAAAUCAGUAAGAGUCUCUGCUACUCGCCUCGCCAUCCUCUGUGGCCUCGUAACAGUAUUCGAUUAUUCUGAAUAUGUACUUAAUCCCCGAAUGUAUGUAGGGCAAAAAAUAAAUGUGUCCUUUUCUUA